AUGGAAUCAGGAAUCCCUCAAACCAACCUCAAUUCUUCGGAUGACUACAAGUCUCAAAAUACUAGUCAAUCAAAUCAGAAACUAGGACUCCUGACCUUGACUCGAGAUCAAAUUAAAGCUCGUAUAGCAAAUGGAGAUGUGCUCAUUUCAUCAUUCAUGGGCACCCUACCAGACGAACCGAAAAACCCAUCUAUACUUCAGCAUCUGAUCUCUUCAAUCUUUUUGGGACUUUGGUGGCAUCAAACUACAUUUGUGGCUCAUGAUGCUGGUCACUCUGAUAUCACAGGUGAUUGGAAAACAGAUCGAUUCUUAGGAAUUCUCUUUGGAGUUUUCUUUAAUGGGAUCAGCCUUGGAUGGUGGUGUGAUAAUCAUGAUAUUCAUCAUCUAGUCACCAAUCAUCCAGAACACGAUCCAGACAUUCAACAUUUACCAUUCUUUGCAAUCUCUUCUAAAUUCUUUAAUUCAUUAAAAUCAACUUAUUAUAAGCGAAGUUUGAAAUUCGAUGGAUUUGCUUCCAAAAUGGUUCAACAUCAACAUAAACUUUAUUAUAUAGUGAUGAUGUUUGGAAGGUUUAAUUUGUUUUUUAAUUCGUAUUGUUUUUUAGCUAAUUCUAAAAAACAAAACCAAUUUAGGUCUUUAGAAAUCUUUGCCAUCAUGGGGUUUUGGACGUGUUUUGGUACUCUUAUCUAUCUUCUGCCGACCUACCCGGUUAGGCUCAUGUAUAUCCUAGUUAGCUUUGCAGUCACGAGCCCAUUACAUGUUCAAAUCGUUCUUUCACACUUUGCCCAAUCGACCGAAGACCUAGGCCUGAAUGAAUCUUUCGCACACCGACAAAUCCGAACGACCAUGGACGUUAGUUGUCCAUCCUACCUAGAUUUCUUACACGGAGGAUUACAAAGACAAGUGACCCAUCAUUUGUUUCCAAGAUUACCACGUCAUAACCUGAGAAAAGUUACAGAAGAGUAUGUGAAACCUUGGUGUGAGUAUGAAGGAUUAAAGUAUGAUAGUUUUGAGUUUGGUACAGGCAAUUUAAGAGUCUUGAGUGUUUUGAAAGAUGUAGCUGAUCAAUGUAAAGUUUUAAGUCUUGUGGCUAAAUCUCAAGCUCGUGGUGAACUUCAUUAGUAGCGAAACAGAAAAAAAGUUGGAUUUUUUUAAUUCAAUUCUUGCUCUCAAUAUGAAUUUUUUUUGCUUUUUUUUCUUUUUGUUGUAGGUUUCCUUUAAAAUCUUUAUCGAAAUGAUAUUUAUGUCUCACAUGAACUAAAUUGUGAUGAUGAUGAAAUUCUACCAGAAAUUCAAAAGUUGUGAAUC